GCCAGAUGCAGACCAAGACGAGAAGAGCCAUGCGGAUCUAUAUCUUGAGCAAGCUCAGCAGAAUAUAGAUGAUUGUAUGUCUGGAAUGAGAAAUGUCCAGCAGAAAUUCGAGAGCUGGUCUAAAACAACGCUUUAUUUGUCCAAGGCUUUAGAAGAAUCACAAGGCAAAAAGGCGCAAGAAGCUAAAGAUGUGAAGAGGGAUAUUAGGGAAAAUGAAGCAAGCAAGAAACUGCAAGAGGAAAAGUUGGCUUCCGAAAGGCAAAUGUUCGAAUCUCGAAAGGAAUCCCUGGAGAAAAGUCGUGAACAGAAGCAAUUUUUCGAAAAUCUGGUUCCUGUCUUGAGUACUUUUCCCUUAUUAAUCCUUUUAUGGUGACAGUGCUCACAAGAAUACUACAGUUUCGAGUAUUCCUGGGUUUUCAAAUAUUUCUGGGUUGUAUGCAGGCCUUGCAGGUUCUGCAGGCUCUACUGCUGCAGCAGGAGUGGGAUCCGCAACAUCCUUCACCCUCGUUGACCUACUUCCUUUCCUGCCCCAGGCAGCGAUUUCGGGGGCUAUUGGAUACUGCUACUACUCAUAUCUGAAGUGGGAAGUUCUCACAAUGGAAGAAGUUCAAGCAAAGCGACAGGCCUAUAUCAACGAGGUCACAGAGAAAAUUUCUGUAUUUCAGGCUACUCUUAAAGAUCUGUCUUCAGAGACUGUAUCCAUUGCGGAGAUCACCGAGAUCCUCAAAAAGUCCGUAUAUCACUUGAGAGAGCUUCAGUACCGCGUACAAGACUUUAUGGACGGAUUGCUACAGCUGUCCAGAUUGAUAAACAGAGCUGUUAGAGAUAGUAGACUUACAAUCAAAACAGCAGCUAAAAGUGAACGUCUGGCGAACGCAGCCAUAAACCAAGACUUACGCGAGAAUGCUUUCAAAAUGAAAGCCAGCUUCAACUUUCUUCUCAGGGCAACUAAUAUCUACGUUGAAGUCUCUUCAAACUUUAUCACGCCCACAAUUCGUAAAUUUCGCGACCUGCGCCUGUAUGAAGCCAGCUCUGAAGCGGAUAUCAACAAAAAAAUGGAAGCUCUGAAUCAACUUCAGCUUGCAGCCUGUGACGGUACCGUCGACCUGGCUAUUCGGAUGCACGAGGAGCUCAAAAGAGAUAUUCAUGAGAUAGUUGCGAACUCCAAUUUAUUGAAUCAAUAAUCC